GGACUGUGUGUCAUGGAGCUCUCCAUGGUGCUGAUCUAUGUCCACAACACUGAGAUGAUCCGGCCAAAAACUUUAAUGUUUAAUCUCUGAAUGUACAUGUUAGUAAAUGUGUUGUGUUUCAUUGAAUCAAGACAUCUCGUACAGGUCUUAAAAAAACAGAUUCAAUGGUAGUAAAAAUGAUAAUUAUGCAGCCGGGGUUUGGUCUUCACGUUUGUCAUUCACUCGUCUUCUCAUCACAGGUGUUCCAAUUAAACUGGAGACUAAAAAUAUUUGUGCCCGUCAUGUUUUUCCUUUCUAAUGAUUUCAAGUGGAAGCGAUUCGAGUGGGAAAACAUCGGGAUGUAGCAAUUUGUGUGACAUCCCCUCCCCCUUUAUUCCUCCUCUACCUGCCGCUGUGUGCGGCGGAUGGGCGGAGUCUCAGAGCCAAGAGUUUGCCGGUCUGAGGAAGAAUCCAUCUGCGUCUAUGAUAUCUGAGGGGUGGAGGCUGACGGACGGACGGUGCCUUUUUUUUUUCUUCUUCUUCUUCUUCUGUGGAGAGGGAUGGAGGAAAGAGGGAAUUAGUGUGGCUAUCCUUCAGUCCGUGUUUCGCUCCGCAGACAGCGCCGGGAUCAUCUCAGCCUCCGCAGAUGAUUUUCAGGAAAAUGACCCGGGGAGUGACCGUUGAUCUGCUGCACGAGGCUUGAUUCCACCUAAAAACCUCAUGGAGCAGGAUGUGGAGAGCCCGGCCAUCACCAGACAGCCCAAGUUGCCGAAGCAGGCCCGCGAGGACCUGCCCAAGCAGCUGGCAAGAGUUGACCGGGCGAAGAGGGUCCAGCGGUACGUCCAGAAAGACGGAAAGUGCAACGUUCACCACGGGAACGUUAGAGAGACUUACCGCUAUCUCACAGACAUUUUCACCACACUGGUAGAUCUCAAAUGGCGGUUCAACCUCUUCAUCUUCGUGUUGGUGUACACGGUGACCUGGCUCUUCUUUGGCUUCAUGUGGUGGCUUAUCGCUUACCUUCGCGGCGAUCUGGACCAUUUAUCAGACAACCAGUGGACUCCAUGUGUCAAUAACCUCAACAGUUUUGUAUCAGCCUUUCUGUUCUCCAUUGAGACAGAGACCACAAUCGGUUACGGAUACAGAGUAAUAACGGACAAAUGCCCCGAGGGGAUAGUUCUGCUUUUAAUCCAGUCAGUGCUGGGAUCUAUUGUGAAUGCCUUCAUGGUGGGUUGCAUGUUUGUUAAGAUCUCACAGCCCAAGAAGCGAGCCGAGACUCUUGUGUUUUCCACCAAUGCGGUCAUCUCCAUGAGAGAUGGACGACUGUGCCUGAUGUUCAGAGUCGGAGACCUCCGAAACUCGCACAUCGUUGAGGCUUCAAUCAGGGCCAAGCUUAUCAAGUCUAAGCAGACCAAGGAAGGGGAGUUCAUUCCCCUGAACCAGACGGACAUGAAUGUGGGCUACAACACAGGAGAUGACAGGCUUUUCCUCGUGUCGCCGCUCAUCAUCUGCCAUGAGAUUAAUCAGAACAGCCCCUUCUGGGAUAUCUCACAAGCAUACCUGGAAAAGGAGGACUUGGAGAUAGUUGUGAUUCUGGAGGGGAUGGUGGAGGCCACAGGCAUGACGUGCCAGGCUAGGAGCUCUUACAUCAGCAGCGAGAUCAAGUGGGGCUACCGCUUCACACCGGUCCUGACGCUGGAGGACGGCUUCUACGAGGUGGACUACAACAGCUUCCAUGAUAUCUACGAGACGAACACACCCGCCUGUAGUGCCAAAGAGCUGGCUGAUAUGACCAACCGCACCCGCCUGCCCCUCACCUGGUCUCUGGCCAGUAAACUGAGCCAGCAGGGACUGCCGGAGUCUGAGCAGGAGGCUCCAGUGACAAAGACCAGUGAGGACAAAGAGGGGAAGAGCGAGCAGACUGAGAGGAACGGGGACAUUGCCAACAUAGAGAGCGAGUCCAAAGUGUAGCGAGUACGAUAGAGAUCCAUAUGAGAUUAUUACUGAGUACUGUAGGACUCACCGAACAAGAUCUCAGAGCACAGGUGAGAGUUUGAGGUACUAAACGAGGACCAAUGAGCACAGUAGACCAAGUAUCCCUGCACCAAGAAAUGCUUUUUUUCUCAGUGAUUCACAGUCACCCCAUAACAUCUAGACAUGUGACCCACCGCUGAACUGAAACCCUCUGCGGAAAGUGCAUGUUUCAUACAUGAUGUGAUGUCCUCCUGAUGAGAUUCCUGUUAUUUUUUCUAUAAGAUAUUCCUAGGGGCAUUUGCAUAAGUAUUUUUGUAUAUACUCUAAACUGUUUUGAAUUCUUUGUUUUGUUGCAGUGUGAAUAUUUGACAUAUGUUUGAUACUAAUACCUUUAGGUUAGUUCUGUACAUAUAUAUUCUAUGCCUUACUGUAUGUAAAAAGCCUUGAUUAUUUGAUAUUUCAGAACUAUAUUAGCAUGUAUAAACAUUAUCUGCUGUUAAUUUAUCUUGUAUUGUGUAUAUACUGUAUGAUGAUAAUGUAAUAAGGAACACGUACAUCUCAAUGGAUGCAAGCUCUAGUUGAAACCAAUGACAAAAACUUCCCCAAAUGAUAAAUGUUUGUUUAAGGUAGAACCACACGUCUACAACACCGUUCCUCCAGAAGCCAUGACUUGCUGUUUACAGCUGAGUGACUUCGGACAACGGCCCUUUAAAACUGCAUCUCGUCACUUUUGCACAUUGGAGGCCUCUGGUGGAGAAAGGAAGUCGCAGUUUUCGCUCUCCAGGAAUCUCUCACAUGUCACCUAACAGUAUCAAAAAUAAAUAAACUGAUAAUUGCAUAUCA